AUGAUUGUAGGUGUAGUUCUGUUCUUUGGAGGCGGUCCAAAUCAUGAUCGUCUUGGAUUUCGUUACUGGAAGGACGGUAAUGCAUUUAGACCCUAUAUUGUUGGAGGAGCCGCUGGCCGGUUCUGUGGGUUCUGGAAUUCUGUAGUCCGAGCCGGUUAUAGUGUGAUCAUGAGUCCUGAGUUGAUCACUAUUGCUAGUGGUGAAGCUGAGGCCCCUAGGAGAAACACCCCCAAAGCUACCAAGAGAUUUAUUUACCGUCUUGUGUUCUUCUAUGUGUUCUCAGUUCUUGUUAUUGGAUGUAUUGUGUCGUCUUCUGAUCCUAGGCUUUUGAAUGCUGUCUCCAGUGGUGUAGCCAAUGCUGCUGCCUCUCCCUUUGUUAUUGGUAUUCAAAAUGCUGGAAUUCCUAUUCUUAACCAUAUCAUCAAUGCUGCUAUUCUCACCUCCGCAUGGUCUGCUGCCAAUUCAUUUUUGUUUGCUGGAUCCAGAUCCUUGUACUCAUUGAGUUUACAAGGCAAAGCUCCUAAAGUUUUCCGUUACUGUAACAGAAAAGGUGUACCAUACGUUGCACUAUUGGCCGUUUCGGCAAUUGGCUGUUUGGGUUUCCUGAAUGCUUCGGCCUCUUCAGCUAACGUAUUCACCUGGUUCACGAACUUGUCCACUAUUGCAGGAUUCAUUGCCUGGAUCUGUAUUCUCAUCACUUACCUCAGAUUCCGCAGGGCCAUGGCUUUCAACAAUAUCCUAGACACUCUACCUUUUAAGACCGCCUUCCAACCAUAUACCACAUGGGUUGCCUUGGUACUGCUUGUCAUCAUUACCAUCACCAAUGGAUUCACAGUUUUUGUUGGAGGUUCAUUCACAGGAGCCGACUUUGUCGCCGCCUAUAUCACACUGCCGAUUUUCGUUGUACUAUACUUAGGACACAAAAUCUACUACAGACGGUGGAGAUGGUUCACUCCAACUUCAGAAGUAGAUGUUACAUCUGGAUUGUCCGAAUGUGAGGCAUACGAACGCUCAUGUCCUGAACGUGUGCCACGGAACGCUCUAGAGAAGGUCUGGAUGUGGAUUGCAUAA